GGUAGUACCUGUGCCUAGACUGGUCCGUGCACACAUUCAAGGGGUUAACCUCUAAGCGGGCACCAAUUUUCCGCGCGCCGAACUUUCAAUCGUGGCCCGUUCUAAGUGACCCUUUGGCGACAGCUUGUCCACAAUCCUCGGCAUCAAGAGUCGACGAUCGACACCCUCACGCGCGCCCCCCUCCCCUCGAGACUCCCACACAAGACAUCAUGAGGGUAUCUUCCAUUGCCUGCGGGCUUCUCGCCUGCUUCGUUUCCCAGGUUGCCGCUACGGCAUUGACCUACAAGCUCCACGCCAACGAGAAGGCCUGCUUCUACGCCAAGACCCAGAAAGAGAACGAAAAGAUUGCUUUCUACUUCGCUGUCCAAUCUGGUGGCUCUUUCGAUGUCGACUACGUCGUGACUGGACCGGGCAACAAGAUCAUCCUAGAGGGAGCUAAGGAGCGCCAGGGUGACUUUGUCUUCACUGCACAACAGAUGGGCGAUUACGAGUUCUGCUUCAACAACGAGAUGAGUACCUUUGCUGAGAAAUUUGUUGACUUUGAGAUUGCCGUCGAGAACGAAGUUCGCGCCCAGCUCCCCGCCAAGCAGGGCGCCUCCCCCGAACAGCACACCACCCUUGAAGAAACCAUUUUCAAGCUCUCAGGCCAGCUCUCGACCAUUUCCAGAGGCCAAAAGUACUUCCGCACUAGAGAGAACCGAAACUUCAGCACCGUCCGCAGCACGGAGGGCCGUAUCAUCAACUUUAGCAUGAUCCAGUGCGCUCUGAUCGUGCUUAUGGGAGCUCUGCAAGUGUUUAUUGUCCGCUUCUUCUUCCAAGGAGCUCGCAAGGGCUACGUAUAAAGCAAUGGUCACAAAAACUGGUCUUGGAAUUCUUGCGGUGCAAGCAGAGAGGAGUCACUAGGGGCUCGUGUAUAUCACAAGUAAAAGAGGUAUGAUGUGGUUUACGCUAUGAGAUAUCAACGACGAUCAGAAUCCCAGCGCUGUUCACAUGAGGUCUGGGAGUUUAUGAAACGGCUGGCGAGUACCCUCACCAAGGCCAGUAGCACUGGCUGUAGGAUACAUAUCAAAUGUAACCGAGCGUCGAUGUUUUUUGAUGGCAUGAUACAGGUGUCUGGCUGUUGCUGCUAAUGUGUUUUGUGCCUUGGAGUGUGUUCAGCAGGUAGUUUGGAGGGGAAGGCAACGUAGCCGUUCAUCAGCCCGGAUAUGCUGAAUAGGUAGGUAACUACCUAAGGUAGAUGCGCAAGUCGCGACUUCCAAUCGCAACUUACCUAAAGCACAACUGGACCUUACUCCAUGUACCCCAGGAAACGAAGC